GGCUGCGAACGGAACGUUAGGGGCAAUGGAGGGCGAAGUCAAGAAGAAGAAGAGCAAAAAGUCCAUUGGGGAGCUUCACCAGGAAAUGAGCUUUAAAAUUGAGCCUUCGGAAGCCCCUGCGAAGGUGCUGGACACGUCGGAAUGGCCACUCCUCCUUAAGAACUUUGAUAGGUUGAAUGUCCGUACAAACCACUACACUCCCUUACCGCACGGAUGUUCGCCGCUAAAACGAACAAUUUCCGAAUACCUGAAAGCUGGGUUCAUCAACCUGGACAAACCCAGCAAUCCUUCUUCACACGAGGUUGUGUCGUGGAUUAAGCGUAUUCUUAAGCUAGAGAAGACGGGGCAUUCGGGUACCUUAGAUCCCAAAGUCACAGGUUGUUUGAUUGUGUGUCUAGAACGAAGCACCAGACUAGUAAAAUCUCAGCAAGGAGCCGGGAAGGAGUACGUGUGUAUCUUCCGACUGCACGAGAGCGUAGAUAAUUUAGCAAGAAUUAAACAGACACUCGACAAACUGAAGGGGGCACAGUUCCAGAGGCCGCCACUUAUCUCUGCCGUGAAGCGUCAGCUCCGCGUCCGGACUGUGUAUGAUAACAAACUCAUUGAGUAUGAUCCGGAGCAAAAUAUGGGUAUAUUUUGGGUGAGCUGUGAGGCUGGCACAUACAUCCGUACCAUGUGUGUUCACCUUGGUCUUCACUUGGGCACGGGAGGUCAGAUGCAGGAACUACGGAGAGUGAGAUCAGGUAUACAGGGGGAAAAGGACUCGCUAGUAACCAUGCAUGAUGUCUUAGAUGCUCAGUGGCUCUUUGAAAAUCAUGGCGAUGAUUCAUAUCUGCGAAGAGCAGUAAAGCCCCUCGAAGCCAUGCUUACCGCUCACAAGAGAAUCAUUAUGAAGGAUUCGGCAGUUAACGCAGUCUGUUACGGAGCCAAGAUCAUGUUGCCUGGCGUGCUGAGAUACGAGAACGGCAUAGAGCUGAACGAGGAGAUUGUCGUCUGCACCACCAAGGGAGAGGCCAUUUGUAUUGCUCUUGCCCUAAUGACCACCUCCACCAUGUCCUCCUGCGACCACGGUGUUGUGGCUAAAAUCAAGAGAGUAAUCAUGGAAAGAGAUACAUACCCGCGCAAGUGGGGCCUGGGACCAAAGGCAACGAUGAAGAAGACCAUGAUCAAGGAUGGUCUUCUCGACAAGCACGGAAAGCCAAACGAAAACACUCCGUCAGAUUGGUUGCACAACUAUGUUGACUACAGAACGGUGAAAAAGGAACCCGUAGACAGUUUUGCAGCAGCUACACCAGCCGUUGAAGCUAUGCCAGCGGUCGAGGCCAAGAAGAGAAAGUUAAGUGAAGGCUCCGAUGCCUCAGGAGCAGCGGAAACUCCUGCGGCAGAUGAAGCACAAACAAAGAAGGAAAAGAAAAAGAAGAAGAAGAAGAAGAGGGAAGAGGAGGAAGAAGAAACGGAAGCAGUGGUGAUCAAGCAGGAAGUGAUAGAGGCUGAGCCGGAAGAAGAGAGUGGAGAGAAGAAAAAGAAGAAGAAGAAGAAGAAGAAGAAGGAAGAGCAAGAAUCGGAAUAAAGGCAUUCGGACUCGAGCACCUGGCCAGCAGAUUACUUUGGCUGUGAUGGAAUAUCUGGAUAAACAAAAGAAAAGACUUUUAUUUUACUUAUCAGUUUCUAUCGUUAUAAUUAUUAUUAUUGAGAAUAUAUAUUUUUUUCUUUUCAAACAUGCACUGAAAUGUUGUGUGGAACACUCGCCUGAAUCUACUUUUUUCGUUGAAAGGAAAUAGUGCCCUUCGGUGUUAUACGUUACGUUGGAAUACACUUGUCGGUAUGAAAGUCAAAGAAAUACUUGAUGUCUUUUUGGGGGGAAUGAGGGAGGUGGCUGUUGAAGGAUCUUGUCCUUAACUGGUUUAGCCACCAGAUGCUCAAUUUUCUUAAUUUUUUAAAAGGAAAAUAUAGUGCUUUGGGUCAAAUAUCUUGAGAAACUUGCAUAUGUAGUAGGAAGAGAGCCUUUCCCGUGCUAAAAACUGGUUUAGUGGAAGAUUUUUAUGCCUGUAGAAGUUCACCAAUUUGCAAAAUUUAGCUUGAAACGAUUCCUCGAAAGCUUCUUCAUUUCUAGAAUAAGUGUUUUAUGGAAGUAUCUAAAUGUUUAAUUUUAAAGUUGUGUUUGUUAUGGUGCUUAGUUUAACGAGAGGCCUGACAGACUGCCAGACCAGAUGUUUGCAUUUCAAAAAGAUUGCCAAAUUAUUUAGAAUUGGUUACUUAUUUAAGUUUUUUUUUUUUUUUUUUUUUUUUUUUUUUUUCAUAGAACAAGUUUGUUAGAGCAUAGUGGGUGUACAGUUUGUGUACAUAUGUAUGCUAAGUAGCUAAAUAGUUUGUUUAUAUUGAAUUUUUUAAGAUUUAUCAUCCUCCUGUGAAGGGAACAGAAGCCUAUCGCCGUUGUUGUCACAUUAUUUCCAUUGACAAAUUAUCUCUAGUGUCUGCAGCAGUGCUUAGAUGAGACAAAAAUGUGAAUUUUUUAUUUAGAAUCUUUUGUUGUUGUUGUUGUGUAGAACACUUUGUUUUGAAUAAUUCCCAUUAUUCUUGGAAAAGUAUUUUACUGUAAUGUUGUUGAGCAUGGAUAUGUGAUCAGGGUAUGUAAAGUACAUAACAAAGUGUCGACCCCUUCUUCCUUUUAACCUUGUGUAAAGAAAAAGAAAAAAAAGACUUGUAACAUGUAACAUUCUACCCCCCUCCUCCUCCUCCUCCCCCACCUCCUCCGGGCCACUACCAAGAACCACCCCAAGGCUAAAAGUAGAGUAAUUUGUCGUUUUCCUGACACCAAGACCUGCGGGAAGUCCACGGGAAGUCCCUUUCGUGGGGUCCAAGAGGGGGAGCUCAGUGCUGGUAAUGUUCCGAGGCGAAGCUAAACAAAAUGAAACAAACCAGAUGGGAGUCUUUCAAGUGCCAACGUUGAAAGACCGGCAGGCGGAGCAGAGGUUGCCAUGACGGUGUAGCAUCCGAAGAUCCGGUUGCUGAAAUUGCUGAUGACGAAGCCUAGGGAGAGACUUUGCAUGGUCUUUGGUCGCAAAAGGCUUAAAAAGAGAGAAAAUAAAUGAAAGACUUGUGUGCACUUGGCAGCACAUUGUGGUAGUUCAUCCGGUGAUGAUGAUGUUAAUGUUAACUAUUUUUUUUUCCAUGUCCAUUACUCUAGGGUUAUGUUGCUAAAGUAAUUAGCAUGCAUUGGAGUUUUAAGCCUUUUAGUUACAUAGAUUGUGCAGAGUGUGUUACUAGGCUUUUUCUCACGUCUAGGGUUCAAGAUGUGUUCAUGUUGGCCCAUAUCUUCAGUGAUAAGUGAUUGGACCACACAUCACUAGUAUUAGGAUGUUUUUAAUAAAAUAUAAAUGUCCAAA